AUUGAGAACUUUAGAACUAGAUAAUUCCACUAAAUAGCUCAAGAAAUUAAGUUGAAAAAGUAAACUAAAACCCAACAUAGAUUAUGAUUAGUGUUAAAUUGAGAGGAAAAGGAGAGAUAAAAAGGAAAUCAGCUGGAACAGAGCAUAAUUAGGUGCUCAAAUAUUUGUUAGAUGGGUGAAUAGAUUUACAGAAUAUAGGUGUUCUUUGCCUUUUCAGAAGCAUGUCAAACAGGUAUAUGUAUUGAACAAAGGAGUUAGGUAUAAAAUUGAUUAAAAUAAUGUUAGAACAAAAUGUUAGAACAGAUGUUCCUUAGAAUUUAAGUGUUACUAUUUCAUGAUACUUUUAAGGUGAUCUGUCUAUAGAUUAUCUGUCUGUAGAUCUGUCUGUAUAUAUGUGUGUGUGUAUAUGUGGAAAGAACUCAUUAGCAUAUGCUUUUACCUUCUCAGGCUUGAAUAAUUUAGUAACCAAAUAAAGUUGUGUCUGAGAGACACCAGUCCCGGACUGUCACCUGCCUGUCACCUGCUGCAGUGAGAGAGAUGAGGACCCGGAUGUGCGGGAAGAGCUCCAGGGACCGUUUUGCAUAUGCGCUGUUCCCUCUGGCAGGAACACUCUUCCCACACUUCCCCCACGUCAUUUGGAUCUCAACUCUGAUGUCUUUGUUCUAUGUGUUUCCAGGUCUUCCAAGUUCAAGUACCUCCCUUUCAUCACUCACCUUCACAAGUGUCCCAUUUUCUUUUUAACUUUGAUCACGAUUCAUUAAUACCACAUUUAUUUGUUUACAUUUUGGUUUCCUCAUUUCGGCAUUAGAAUAAAUGUUCCUUAAGAGCAGGACCCUCUCCUGGCUCUGUCCCCAGGUUUUAGAGCAGAGCCCGAGCUGCAGGGUCGACAGUUAAGUCGUAUUUAUGGGGGACACAAGGGUCUUACCCCUCUCUGUUGGCCCCUGGUCACACACAUGGGCUCACACUAAUUGCUGAGGUCUUUGACCCAUAUUUUAUUUAGUGUGCAGCACUUAGCUAUUUUGUAUUUGUGUCUCAAUGAAACAGGCCCUGUUUCAGGGCAGAGAUCGGACAUUUUGUGUGCCCUCUGCGUACCUCCCGUGAUUCUAGAUGCAGAAUGGCGGUACCCGGCGGCCUCUGUUCCGUUGUGGAUAUGGAAGAUUUCGAUGUGGACCACUUUGUGUCGGACUGCAGGAAGCGCGUGCAGCUGGAGGAACUGAGGGGCGACCUCGAGCUCUACUACCGGCUCCUGAAGACCGCCAUGGUGGAGCUCAUCAACAAGGACUACGCGGACUUUGUCAACCUUUCCACAAACCUGGUUGGCAUGGACAAAGCCCUCAAUCAGCUGUCCGUGCCUUUGGGACAGUUACGAGAAGAAGUUCUGAGCCUCAGGUCAUCUGUCAAUGAAGGAAUCCGGGCAGUAGAUGAACGGAUGUGUAAGCAAGAGGACAUCAGGAAGAAAAAGAUGUGUGUGUUGAGGCUUAUACAAGUUAUUCGAUCAGUUGAAAAAAUUGAAAAAAUCUUAAAUUCUCAAGGUUCUAAAGAAACAUCUGCACUAGAAGCAAGCAGCCCACUUCUGACUGGACAGAUUUUGGAGCGAGUGGCCACAGAGUUUAACCAGUUACAGUUCCAUGCUGUUCAGAGCAAAGGCAUGCCUCUUUUGGACAAAGUAAGACCACGGAUAGCCAGAAUUACAGCCAUGUUACAGCAGUCACUGGAACACCUGUUGUUAGAAGGGCUCCGGACUUCCAAUGUUGAUAUGGUACGGCACUGCUUGCGGACCUACGCCACCAUUGACAAGACACGGGAUGCUGAGGCGUUAGUGGGUCAAGUUCUAGUGAAACCAUACGUGGAUGAGGUGAUUGUGGAGCAGACUGUUGAGUCUGACCCGAACGGCCUUCAGAUCAUGUUCGACAAACUCCUGGGGUUCGUUCCUCACCAUUGCCGCCUCCUUCGAGAGGUCACGGGCGGGGCUGUCUCCAGUGAGAAACGCAGUAGUGUUCCUGGAUAUGAUUUUCUGGUGAAUUCUGUCUGGCCAGAAAUAGUGCGAGGAUUAGAAGAAAAACUGCCUUCUCUAUUUAAUCCUGGAAAUCCCGAUGCAUUUCACAAGAAAUACACCAUCAGCAUGGAUUUUGUAAGAGCAUUUGAGCAGCAGUGUGGAACCCAGGCCAGCGUGAGGCGGUUAAGAGCACAUCCUGCCUAUCACAGCUUCAACAAUAAGUGGAACUUGCCUGUUUAUUUUCAAAUAAGAUUUCGAGAAAUCGCAGGAUCCUUAGAAGCAGCACUUACAGACACACUGGAGAACGCCCCAGCCGGCAGCUCGUUUUGCCUUUUGGCUUCUCACAGAACGUGGAGCAGCCUUCAGAGGUGCUGGUCGGACGAGAUGUUCCUGCCGGUGCUGGUGCACCGUCUGUGGAGGCUCACGCUGCAGAUUUUGGCCCGGUACUCCGUGUUUGUCAGGGAGCUUUUACUCAGGCCCAUCUCUAACGAAAGUGCCAAGGAUAGCAAAAAGCCUUUGGUAACUGGUAGCAAAGACCCCUCAGUUACCCAGGGAAAUGGCGAAGACCAAGGAGGUGGCCCUUCGGAAACCCAGCCUGUGGCUUCCAUUUCCAGCACGCACCUUGUGUAUGUGGUCGCCGACCUGGACAAGCUUCAGGAGCAGCUUCCAGAACUCUUGGAAACAAUCAAGCCAAAACUUGAAAUGAUUGGUUUUAAGAAUUUUUCUUCUAUCUCAGCAGCCCUGGAGGACUCCCAGACGUCUCUGUCCGCCUGUGUCCCUGCUCUGAGUGACAGGAUUAUCCAGGACUUGAGCGAGUCUUGCUUCAGUUCCCUGAAAGGUGCCCUGGAGGUUCCCAGACUCUACCGAAGAACCAAUAAGGAAGUGCCAACAGCAGCCUCCUCUUACGUGGACAGUGCCCUGAAGCCCUUCCGCCAGCUGCAGAGUGGGCAUAAGGAUAAGCUGAGGCCAGCAGUAAUCCGACAGUGGCUGCAUGGCGCCCUCUCUGAGAGCACUCAUAAGUACUAUGAAACCGUGUCUGACGUUCUGAACUCGGUGAAAAAAAUGGAGGAGAGCCUGAAACGGCUGAAACAAGCCAGGAAAACCACACCCGCCAACCCUGUCGGUCCCGGCCCCGGCCCCGGCAUGAGCGACGACGACAAAAUCAGGCUGCAGUUGGCCUUGGACGUGGAGUACUUGGGAGAGCAGAUACAAAAGAUGGGCCUGGUGACAAAGGACAUAAAGAACUUCCCAGCGCUGGCCGAGCUGGUUGUGGCUGCCCAGGACCAGGCCACAGCAGAGCAACCGUGAGUGGCCUGGAGGAGCCCUCGGGGAAGAUGGUGGCUCUGUCCCCAUUCCUGGCCCCUGUUCCCGGUCCCCAGGGCCAAGAAGUGCUUCCACGGAGUCUCAGGCGGCGCGCCCGCUGGGGCCUCCUCUCACCCAGAACAGAACACAGAAGCCUUUUUCCGUUGUAUGGAAGAUCGUUUUUAAGACACUUGAAACUUUCUACUAUAGUUUACAGAGCAAAUUAUUUUAUUUUUAUCGUAAACCUUAGCGUGGAAGAGCUGAUCUCUAAAAUAGAUUUAAAGAGAAUGUAUACGAACGACUCUGGAAGGCUGGGCCCCGAUCCUGCUGUCGGAAGCGCUGCCUGCAGGGGGCGACUGUGUGUCUGGUGGCUCUGCGUCCUCCGUCCUCAUAGGAAAGGAAAGUCAGCGCGCAGUGACGCCUGGUGACGCCCUGAGAGAGGCGUGCUGCCCCCGGAUGCUUGGCGGGAGUGGGGACCUGCCUGUGGGAAGACCCGUUUUCUGAAUAAAGGAAGUGUCCGCCAGCA